AUGCACGUGACUCCUGUUUUUGGUUUCUAUGGACGAGAAGCUGAAAUAGCCAAGAUACCAGCUUCGGCGGCAGACCUUCUUCGACAAACCUCCGGUCAUCUCUACCCAGUUUGUUCCAUUCCGGACGCAGAAAAGACUUCUUCAUGUACGGGUCCAUUGAAACGACCCUUUCCCAAGUCUGGGGACAAUGCGCCGACCAAAGACAGCGAUAGGUUUCAUGGGAAACUGAAAUCGAAAAGGCGUUCAGAGGCGGGUGACAUCCCGAGGAAUAGAAAACCUGGAAAAAGCUUUCGAUCUGGUUCGCUGACGCGGAGCACGUUCAACGUGUCGUUCAGGUGCAGCGACCUGCGGAAAUCCUUCAAGUGCACUCAGUGUCGCUACCUGACGGACCGCAAGAACAACCUCAAACGACACGUCAUCACCAUGCACCAGGCGUCCACCCGCUUGCUGGAGUGCUGCGGGGCACUGUUUUCCAGCAAGGCUGCGCUCAGGGACCACGUGACCCUCUUCCACCGGGGUGGAUAUCGUUGUCAGGUGUGCGGACGAAACUUCUGCCGAAAGGCGUUGCUAAGACGUCACCUGACAGUGCACAGCGGCCAGAAGGACUACGCAUGCGCAAUCUGCGGCUACGCCACGAGCCAUAAGAGCAACCUGGAAAGGCAUCAGCGCGUGCAUGGCAGAAGGACGGUGCCUGGGGUCAGAGGACAAGUUAGUUUGUCACGACUUGCGGACAAGGGGAAGCUAAAUAACUCAAGACACGCAGAAGACAAGGAGCCGACAAGAAAAAGUCUCGGUGCUAAGCACUCUUCAAGUUCUAAGGUAGGGGUGAGUCUUGACUGCGAGCAUGAGGCUGAGUCCAAGGUAACCCCAGAAACAGAACUGUCUCCUGGAUCUUCGGAAAACUCUUCCAGUCCAUUUCCUCCUCCAGUCCAGUGA